UGGGAAACAGAUGGCAAUUUUUGGCAAAAAUUGACAGGCUUGUGCUAUGAAAGCUAUGAAUUGUUGUUGUUUUUGUUUUUUUCAGUUAGGUCACAAGAUAACUGGUUUGAUUAGGCUAGCUUUGCAUUCUGUUAACUAUUAUUCUGUUAUUAGAUAUUAACAUAUCACUAGCAGAUUAGCCUGUUAGCUUAGCUUUCACUGCUAAAAAAGAAUGCUUGGAAAUUGGAAAUAAAUUUGGGAUACACAACAAAUAAACUAAGCAUAUUUGAGGAUGUAUAAAUGCUUAAAAGACGUUGAAAUUGAUAUUGUUCCAAUUCGCUGCAAGGACCUCUAUUGUAGUGUAACAGUCACAUGUCACAAACAGCUCAGGUGAUUGGCUGAAAAAACUUAGCAUCCAUGAAGAAAAGAUAGCAGCAUACAGGGUUCAUACUUCCAUCAGUUAUGACCAAGCCAGCUGAGCAUCUGCCAUUGAGAUGCUAAUGUAUACCUUUCUCCAGAUGCAGAUCUUCUUAUCUGCAAACACCAGGGUCCCACAUGCUGCACCCGCAAGAUGGAGGAGAGCUACUACGCCGCUGCCAAGAGAGACACACUCCAGAACAUUCUCUCCUAUAGUUUCGAACUCAAAUAUCUCAUCCUGGGCCAUGCCUCUUCCUUCCAGGAUACCUUCCAUUCCCUGCUCUCCUUCACUCUAAAUCAUACCUACUCGCUCUUCGAAAGCACCUACGGGGCGAUCUCUCAAGACGCUAAACCCUUGGUGUCUACCCUCUUCUCUGACCUUGACCUCUACCUCCGUGGUGAUGCCAACACCUCUGUAGAACACUCAGUCCACAGUUUCUACGACAAACUUUUCCCAUUGGUAUACCAACACUUGGUCAAUCCGGGCUUGGGUUCAAAUGUUUCUACCUGGUCCUCCGAAGGAAGCGAAUGCCUACGUGCCACUCGGCAUGACAUCAACCCCUUUGGCCCUCACCCGCAAGAACUUGCUCAGGGACUGUCUAGGGCACUAGUGGCCGGUCGUGCCCUCAGUCGGGCACUGGCGGUGGGUUCCGAGGUUCUGAAUGCCCCCGAAUCGGUGGGAAUGGCGCGCCAAUGUGGACGUGCACUGGUGCGGAUGCUGUUCUGUCCGCACUGCCGUGGAUUGACCCUGAUCCGACCUUGCGGAGGCCUGUGUCUCAAUGUGAUGCGGGGUUGCCUGGCAGGUCUAGCUGAGCUGGAUGGGCCCUGGAGACGCUAUGUAGCAUUGCUGGAGGGGCUGAGCGGGGCACUGUCAGGGGGAUACGAAGUGGAACUGGCACUUCUACGCAUCCGGGAAAGAAUUAAUGAUGCCAUCCUUACUGCGCAACUCCAUGGACCACAUCUCAGCGCCAUGGUGGGUAAAGUUUGUGGUUCCUUGACCGAACCGGUUUCCUCCACUCCAGUCAGUCCCACCUCAAGAAGUUUGACUCCUUCAGUAAACCCAACCAUUGAACUCCAAACCUCAGUCACAUCCUCCAGUCCUACAACACUACCUAAUACAGGCAACCAACAUGAGCACAUAACACUAAAAAGAAGGUCUCUGCCUCUGAAACCGUCCAAAAACGACAAACCCAGAAGCCUGAAAAAGAUUUCAAAGGAGUUUAUGGGCUACAUCCAGCGGUACAAAUCAUUCUUCUCCACCCUGCCGGAGAUGCUGUGCGAGGGGGAGGUGAUGAUGGAUGAAAACACCUGCUGGAGUGGAGAAGAUGUGGUAGAGAGUUAUACAGGUCACGUGGUGGGGAAUGGACUGCAAGCCCAGAAACACAACCCAGAGAUAAAGAUCAGAAGUGCGGAUCCAAUCCUGGUCAACGCGAAGGAAAAGCUAGAGCACUUCAACCAGGAGGUUCUGAGACUUUGA